GCAUUCUUGGGUUAGCACUGUUCAAAUAAAACAUUAAUGUGACGGUAUUAUGCGCGCUUUAUUUCUCGGAACAAAGGGAGCAAUUGGCCAAUUUGGCCUAUAUAAAGUGCUACAAGCUCUACUAACCCUGAACACUCUUGCUCUUACGAUAUCUUCUGUUCUCGCUGCUGUCAACCUCCAAUCGAUAAGUUUCUUUGAUGGAUACCAAAUGCUGCACCCAAGAUGGCACUGUAGAUCUCCGUGGGCGUCCUGUCCAAGCCUCCAGAACUGGGAAAUGGAAAGCGUGUGCUUUUCUGGUUGGCUAUGAGGCAUUUGAAAGGAUGGCUUUCUAUGGAGUGGCUUCAAACUUGGUGAAUUACCUGACCACCCAACUCCAUGAAGAGACGGUUGCAUCGGUGAGGAAUGUGAAUAACUGGUCAGGAGCAGUGUGGAUCACACCAAUACUCGGCGCCUACAUAGCAGAUACUUACCUGGGUCGAUACUGGACGUUCACUGUGUCAUCUCUUAUCUAUGCAAUGGGAAUGAUACUACUAACAAUGGCAGUUUCAUUCAAGUUCAUGAAACCAGCAUGCACAAAUGGAGUCUGCAAUAAGGCCUCCCCUUCGCAAAUCGCAUUCUUUUACUCUGCUCUCUACAUCAUAGCAAUAGGGGCAGGAGGGACGAAGCCCAACAUAUCAACUUUUGGUGCAGACCAGUUCGAUGAUUAUAACCCGCAAGAAAAGAAGCUCAAGGUCUCAUUCUUUAACUGGUGGAUGUUCAGCUCUUUUGUGGGAGCUCUGUUUGCCACUCUCUGCCUUGUGUACAUUCAAGAGAACUUGGGUUGGGGUUUAGGGUAUGGUAUCCCUGCAGUUGGUCUUUUAUUAUCCCUGUUUAUAUUCUAUCUAGGGACACCAAUUUACAGGCAUAAAGUUAGAAAGACUAAGAGCCCUGCAAGGGAGCUAUUUCAAGUCCUCAUUGCUGCCUUUAACAACAGGAAACUUCAGCUCCCUAACAGUCCCUCGGAGCUUCAGGAGUUUGACCUGCAAUAUUACAUUCAAACCGGAAAACGGCAGGUCCACCACACACCAGUGUUGAGGUGCUUGGACAAAGCUGCGAUCAAAGAUGGCAGCAAUAAUGCAGAUACCUCAAACCCAUCAUCAUCGUCAUGCACAGUGACGCAGGUAGAAGGAGUCAAGCUCGUUUUUGGAAUGAUGCUGAUAUGGCUGGUGACAUUAAUCCCUAGUACCAUAUGGGCACAGAUCAACACUUUAUUUGUGAAACAAGGGACAACGUUGGACCGCAACUUGGGCCCAAACUUCCAAAUUCCAGCAGCUUCACUCGGUAGCUUUGUGACGUUUUCAAUGCUUCUCUCCGUGCCAAUGUAUGACCGUUUCUUUGUACCAUUCAUGCGUAAGAAGACCGGAAACCCAAGGGGAAUCACGUUACUUCAGAGGCUGGGCAUCGGAUUCGCCAUUCAAGUGAUUGCCAUUGCAAUCGCUUACGCUGUUGAAGUUCGAAGAAUGCACGUCAUAAGAAUGCACCACGUUGUUGGGCCAAAGGAAAUCGUCCCCAUGAGUAUAUUUUGGCUGUUGCCUCAGUAUGUUCUGCUGGGAAUCGCUGAUGUUUUUAAUGCUAUCGGAUUGCUGGAAUUUUUCUACGAUCAAUCUCCUGAAGACAUGCAAAGCCUAGGAACCACAUUCUUCACUAGUGGGAUCGGUGUCGGCAACUUCUUGAAUAGCUUUCUAGUAACAAUGGUUGCCAAGAUUACAGGGACCGGAGGAGGCAAGAGUUGGAUCGGCAACAACUUGAAUGACUCCCACUUGGAUUAUUACUACGGGUUCCUCUUAGUUAUAUCUGCCCUUAAUUUAGGGGUCUUCUUGUGGGCAUCAAGUAGAUAUGUUUACAAGAAGGAAACCCUACAAGCACUGAACGAGGAUUGUAUCCGAAUCGACGGCAAAACCAUGGACACGUCUCCUCUAGGGUUGCAAGUAUAAGCUGACAGAUCCAUAAUGAGAUCAUACUAAAUAUUGUAAGAUAUAUAUGUCCAUUUCCUGUUUUCUUCUUCGCCGAACGUCAACUUAAGUUUCUCGUCUUAGAUUUUAUUGGGGAACAUGACUUAUUUAAAUAGAAUUAUGCAGAAAGAUCGAAUUUAUAUUUAA